AUCAAAAACAGCCACGUGGCUAAUUAGUCAAAUUAACCAAAAAGUGGGGUUUAGCAAAAAAAAAAAAAAAACAGAAAAGAAAAGCAAAAAAAAUAAAAAUCCUUUUGGUCUUCUUCCCCAAACAGAAGCCAUUCCCUUCCCUCAUUUUUUUAUUUCCCAAAAUAAAUACAGAUUUGUCCUCCGCUCGUCUCUUCUUCCUCGCCAAACGACAUUCUCAUAUUGCUAAGCCAAACCCAAAUAGAGAGUUGGAGAUGGGUUCAAAAGUAACAGAUCAUUAACAAUCUUAAGGAAAAUUCUGCUGGACCAAUGAUAUACAAGGGAAUAUAUCAUUUAUUUUACCAGUACAAUCCUGGAAGUGCAUUAUGGGGAAACCUCCAUUGGGGUCAUUCUACUUCAACUGAUCUUAUCAACUGGACUAUUCAUCCUCCUGCACUUUUGCCUUCAGACCCAUAUGACAUCAACGGUUGCUGGUCAGGUUCCGCUACUAUUCUCCAAGAUGGCACACCAGCAAUGCUCUAUACUGGACGCGAUUCACAAGACACUCAACUCCAAAAUCUGGCUGUGCCCAAAGAUCCGUCCGACCCUUAUCUUGUUGAAUGGAUUAAAUCGCCUAGUAAUCCAAUCAUGACACCUAAUGAAGAAGAAAAAGAAUUGUUUAGGGACCCAAGCACGGCGUGGUUAGGGCCUGAUGGAAUUUGGAGAGUUAUUGUAGGGAAUGAAAGAGAACACAAUGGAACUGCUCUUUUAUACAAAAGCAAGAAUUUUAUUCACUGGACAGAAACAGAGAGACCCCUGCAUUGGUCAAAUGAAUCUACAAUGUGGGAAUGUCCUGAUUUUUUUCCUGUAUCAAUUGACAGUGAAAAAGGACUUGACACUGCAGUGAUUUUUCCUGGAAUUAAACACGUACUCAAGAAUAGCGCUAUUCGUUCUUGGGUUGAUUAUUACACCAUCGGAACUUAUGAUCAUCACAACGAUAUAUAUACACCAGAUGAGGGAUUUGUAGACAAUGAAUAUUCAGGAUUAAGAUUGGAUUAUGGAAGGUACUAUGCUGCCAAGUCUUUCUUUGACAGUGCCAAAAACAGGAGGAUCAUUAUUGCUUGGGUUAACGAGUCUACAAGUCCUGAAAUAGAUAUCAUCAAAGGAUGGUCUGGUCUUCAGACGUUUCCUAGGGAAAUUUGGCUUGAUAGAGCUGGAAAGCAAUUGGUUCAAUGGCCAAUAGAAGAAAUCGAAACGCUAAGGUUAAAUCAAGUUGAAAUACAAAAUAUAACACUAGAAGCAGGCUCAAAGCGUGAAAUUUCAAGUGUCACCGGUGCACAGGCGGAUGUAGAAAUUUCUUUCUCAAUUCCACUGGCAGUGCUUGAGCAGGCAGAGGUGCUGGAAUCAAAUUCGACUAAUCCACAAGAGAUAGCUAACCAAAGUGGUUCAUCAACCAACACUGGUGUAGGACCUUUUGGGUUGCUAGUCUUGGCAUCAAAUAAUAUUGAAGAAUAUACUGCUGUAUUCUUUAGAAUUUUCAAACAGAAUGACAAGUUUGUUGUGCUAAUGGGAUGUGACCAAAAAAGGUCAUCUUUAGGUCUUGAGUAUGAUAAAACUAAUUAUGGAGCCUUUUUGGAUAUUGAUCCUGUUACAGAAAAGUUAUCACUAAGAACUUUGAUCGAUCAUUCCAUAGUAGAAAGCUUUGGUGGAGGGGGGAAAGCUUGCAUCACAACUAGAGCUUAUCCUACUUUGGCCAUUAAUGACAAUGCCCACAUAUUUGUUUUCAACAAUGGAUCCCAACAUGUCGAAGUCUCCAGUUUGAAUGCUUGGAGUCUAAAGCAGGCUCAAAUCAACUGAAUCAUUAACCAAUAAAUCUAUCAUGGAUGAUUAUUUUCUUAUUAAUCAAUUUUAAAUUUAAGUUUUUAAAUUCUCGAUCACCAAUAGAUUUGGAGGUACGAAUAAAGGUGUUCAGCAUUUUAUUUUACUGCUUGUUGGAUGGUUGUUACACAUCAUAUUGUAUUGUAUUGUAUGAUUAUUUAAUAUAAUACUUGUUCCAAUUGUUAAAUAAAUUUUAUUGCAUUAUAUUGUUAAAAUCAUUGUUACAAAAAAUGCAAAGGUCUAUUUUAUAUAUCAAACAA